AUGGAGAGUUCCUUGCGAAAUACUAGGGAUAUCGUGGUUUCCCAUGCUCGGGAAAUGGAAUUUCUGGAUGGAAAUACCUUAAAACAAUCAUCCCAGGACACCACUCUCACUUCCACAACCAAUACGAACCUCACAGUCUCAUCCCCCAAACAUCCCAACCCCUCCACAUCAGAUCCGAGAACAACAGCGCCACAACCCCCAAUCUACCCCUCAAACUCUUUAUCCAAUUUUCCAUUCUCGUCAAAUAGAUCCGGGACAGCCCCCCAAAUUAUCAAUUACAACAACCAUCGAUUCCAUGGUCUCGAAUCAUCAGAAUCGGAAUGUGGGACUUUCGCUUAUGACGCGAGAUUUGGUGACCAGUCCCGUUGA